CUCCUCCCGCCUCCCCCACCCCCACGUACUAAGGCGCCCAGCCCGCCGCGCGUUGCUCACUGGCCGCGCGUCCCAGCCGCCGAGCGUCCCCCCCCCCCCCGCGCCUCCGGCCAAGGUUUCAACAAACCUCACCAAAAUGCCAUCUCAAAUGGAACACGCCAUGGAAACAAUGAUGUUCACAUUUCACAAAUUUGCUGGGGAUAAAGGCUACUUAACAAAGGAAGACCUGAGAGUACUCAUGGAAAAGGAGUUCCCCGGAUUUUUGGAAAAUCAAAAAGACCCUCUGGCCGUGGACAAGAUAAUGAAGGACCUGGACCAGUGCCGAGACGGCAAAGUGGGCUUCCAGAGCUUCUUUUCGCUAAUUGCCGGGCUCACCAUCGCAUGCAAUGACUAUUUUGUAGUACACAUGAAGCAGAAGGGAAGAAAGUAGGCAGCAUUGAGCAAUUCCUCCCACCCUGAGAGGAGCUCUCCCAAAGGGUCGCUUAAGGAAUCUGCCCCACAGCUUCCCCCUGUAUAAGGAUUUCCUGAGCAGAUCGAGACCCUUAGAAAAUGUACAAAUAAUGUCCCGUUCGACAAGCAGAGAAAGAAAAGUCAGUUAAAGCCGGAUAAGCUUUUGAUUUUUGUAUUGCUUGCAUCCUCUUGCCCUCAAUAAACAAAUUCUUUUUUUAGUUCCUAA